AUAAACACGCAAUUUCGCUAAUAAAAAGGCCAAAGAGUUAGCUCAUUUUUCAUUGUGCUUCUCUCCAACAUUUUGCAUCUAUUUACUCUAAUAUUGUGCUUAUUCUUAUUCUUCCUUAGCUAAAUAUACAGCUCUUUUUCUCCCUUUUGUAAUAUAUGGAGAAUUAUACAGGAUUUCAAAGAGUGAAACAUGUAGGAGCUAUGACUUUGGCUGCAGUGUUGCUAGGAGGAAACAUUAUAUUGUCAAAAGUUGCAGCAGAUGAUGGUAUGACUAUGAGAGUUAUGGUUGCUUAUAGGUGGAUCUUUGCCACUGCCUUUCUUGCUCCCAUUGCUAUCGUCGUUGAAUGGAAUAAGCGGCCAAAACUAACUUGGACUGUCAUUUUGCAGGCAUUUCUGUCGGGGCUACUAGGGGGUUCGUUGUUUUCGAUUUUAUUUUAUACAAGUGUGAUAUUGACAUCUGCGACAUUUGCAACCGCAAUAUACAAUCUUAUCCCAGCAAUGACUUUUGUCAUAGCAGUCCUUCUCAGGUUCGAGAAUUUAUCAUUUGAAAAAGCAAGUGGGAAAGCUAAGGUGAUGGGGACAAUGAUAUGUAUUGGUGGAGCAAUGGUAUUGACAUUAUACAAAGGAAUAGAGGUGCAUAUGUGGCCUAUCAAAAUUGAUUUGUUACAUCAUUCUAACGAAGCAAUGUCACACAAGAAAUUACCUGCUACUUUUGCUUUGGGAAUUGUACUCGCCAUAACCUCUUGCAUUUGUUAUUCACUUUGGAUAGUAUUAUUGGCAAAGGUCAGUAAAAACUACCCAUGCCAUUACUCAAGCACAGCGUUGAUGAGCUUAAUGGGAUCCAUUCAAUCAGUCAUUUUUGCAUUAUGCUUCGACAGAGAAAGUGCUCAAUGGAAACUUGGUUGGAACAGAAGAUUAUUCGUUGUUGUCUAUCUUGGAACAUUAGGGUCUGGAAUUGUGGUAAUUUUGAUGACAUGGUGCUCUCACAAAAGAGGCCCUCUAUUUGUCUCUGUCUUCAACCCUUUAAUACUUCUUUUUGUGGCACUGGCUAGUUCUUUACUGCUUCAUGAGACCUUGUAUCUUGGAAGUGUAUUAGGUGGUUUUCUUAUAAUAAUGGGCUUAUAUGUGGUCCUAUGGGGAAAAGGAAAAGACAUGAAGGCAUCAAAGUUUAUAUUAUCCAAGGAAGCCUCCCAGAAAAAUGAUUUAGAAGCUCCUCAAGAUCAAGCAUAGGGGGACAACUUACAGGCUCUUCUGCAACAAUAAAGCAAGGCAUGCCCCAAUAGGAGUUAAAAAGUGUUUCUUGGCUAUUCUUCCAAAGAAAUUAGGAGUGGCAACACCAUUCAAAUGAAGAAAGGAGUUCUAGUUUUGUCAUUUGAUAUAAAUGUGGAACUGUCAAUAUAUUACCUUAAAUGAUAAUUGUAACAUGUAAUGCAAUACCCAUUAAUGGGCAUUCGGCAAUAUAUAGUAGGCAAAAUGAUCAUUCAUAAGCCUUCCAA